AGUGGUCACUUGGAAUUUUUUGACGAAAAGCUACAUCUACGGGACCCGUUACGAGAACCGUGUGAAAAUAUCUGACGAUGUUGACCGGUCAGAUGCCUCCAUCACCAUUGACCAGCUGACCAUGGACGACAAUGGUACCUACGAGUGCUCCGUCUCACUCUUGUCAGAUCUGCAGGGUACCUCCAAGUCUCGAGUGCGCCUCCUGGUCCUCGUGGCACCCUCCAAGCCGGACUGCGGCAUCGAAGGGGAGCCGGUGAUUGGGAACAACAUCAAUCUGACAUGCCUGUCUGCCGAGGGCUCUCCCACCCCACAGUACAGCUGGUCGAGCUACAACACCCAGAACCAGCCGCGGCCAGUCGCCCAACCAGUCUCAGGCCAGCCCUUGCAUCUGAAGAACAUCAGCACGGAAAUGGCGGGUUACUACAUCUGCACCUCCAGGAACGAUGUGGGGGUGCAGUCCUGCAACAUCACCAUGACUCCCAGACUUCCUUCCAUGAACAUUGCGCUGUAUGCGGGCAUCGCGGGGGGUGUGUUUGCGGCCCUCAUCAUCAUUGGCAUCAUCGUCUACUGCUGCUGCUGCCGGGAAGCGGAGGACAAAGCUGAGGCCGUGGAGGAGGCAAGGCCAAACCGAGCCGCUUACCAAGAGCCUCAAGCGAAGCGGACAGAAAUUUCCAGAGGGAGGGACGAGGAAGAUGACUACAGGCAUGGGGACCAGAAGAGCUCAGGGCGGAGCUCUCCGGAGCAGCCCUUCCAGUGAAGGGGGCCUGUUGCCCAGUGGGAGAGAAGGGCUAGGGCCCGGCCUCCCACUUCUGGCCUCUUUCCUCUAUAGCCCCAUUGUCCCUCCCCUCCCCAGCCAUCGGUGAAGCGCAUCUUCCUGUAUGUGGUGUGUGUGUGUGUGUGUGUGUGUGUGUGUGUGUGUGUGUGUGUGUGUGUGUGUGUUUCUGGGGAGCAUCAUUGGCCUGGCUACAUGGGUCCUACCUGUUACCCUGGCAACCACGUAGAAAGAACCCCUCCUUAUUGCUCUAUCUGACUCAGGGCCGGUCCUUCC